UUUCAUGGGUAUUUCGGGUGUAUUCUACACAAAAUAUGUAAAUACAGAGUAUUUUUAAUUCAAUGUAAUACAUAAGUCUGAUCUAUAUGUUUAUGUGGGAGAUUUGCCAUGUGAACAUGAUAAAAAGCGUAAGGUCUAAGCUAAUGAAUCAUCCCUUGGAGCGAAAAGUCCCGCAUUAAAUUUGGUCCUAGUUAGUUUUUUUUAAUUGGUCCUAGUUAGUUUUUUUUUAAUUGGUAUAAAUUAAAUUAUUCUAGAUUUAUAACUUAAACAUGAAUGUAUGAUAGAAAAAUUGGUAGGUGAAUUAAUUACGAGGUACUAUGGACGAUCGGGUUCGGGAUAACAAUUUUGGCGUAGCUUUUAUUGAUGGCGGGACGCCGUGCCGCGGGUUAGACCAAAGUGAAGAUUUCUGAAAUGAAUGCAAAAAGGAAAAUCCGGAAAAGAAAAGUUGAAGAAUCAUUGCUGCUUAACUCUGAACAAAGAGAGUCUGAUGAAAAGGAGAAUUUUGAAGCAAAAUUCAUUAAUGAAGAAAUAGGGCAAGGUGUAUUUGCCAAAAAAAAAUUUAUUGAAGGAGAGAUACUACUAGAAUAUAGGGGAGAACUCAUCGAAGGAGAUUUUGAUUUUGAAGAUGACACAUAUGUUUUUCAAUUACACUUUAAAAGAAAGCAAUUUUGCAUUGAUGCUACCGAAAACAGAUCAUUUGGAAGAUUACUAAAUGAUGAGCACAAAAAACCAAAUUGUAAAGCAACGAUAAUUGAAGAAGAUGGUAAACCCCAUGUAUAUUUUGUUGCUGUCAGAGACAUAAACACUGGGGAAGAACUACGAUAUAACUAUGGUCCAGGAAUUUAUAGUUGGAGAACCUCUAAAACGCGCCAAAGAUGCAAAAUAGGUGGAGACAAAGACUCUAAGCAAGGAUCCACCAACAAAGAUUCAGACUCUACACGAGGAGCCACCACCAAAGAUUUAGACUCUCCGAGAGGAUCCACCACCAAAGGUUCACAUUCAGGCUCUCCGCGAGGAGUCACCACCAAAGAUUCAGACUCUAUGGGAGGAUCCACCACCAAAGAUUCACACUCAGACUCUACACAAGGAGCCACCACCAAAGAUUUACACCAAGACUCUACACGAGGAGCCACCACCAAAGAUUCAGACUCUACACAAGGAGCCACCACCAAAGAUUCACACCAAGACUCUACACAAGGAGCCACCACCAAAGAUUCACACCAAGACUCUGCACAAGGAGCCACCACCAAAGCUUCACACCAAGACUCUGCACAAGGAGCCACCAUCAAAGAUUCACACCAAGACUCUACACGAGGAGCCACCACCAAAGAUUCACACUCAGACUCUACACAAGGAGCCACCACCAAAGAUUCACACCUAGACUCUGCACAAGGAGCCACCAUCAAAGAUUCACACCAAGACUCUACACGAGGAGCCACCACCAAAGAUUCACACUCAGACUCUACACAAGGAGCCACCACCAAAGAUUCACACCAAGACUCUACACAAGGAGCCACCACCAAAGAUUCACACCAAGACUCUGCACAAGGAGCCACCAUCAAAGAUUCACACCAAGACUCUACACGGGGAGCCACCACCAAAGAUUCACACUCAGACUCUACACAAGGAGCCACCACCAAAGAUUCACACCAAGACUCUACACGAGGAGCCACCACCAAAGAUUCACACCAAGACUCUGCACGAGGAGCCACCACCAAAGAUUCACACUCAGACUCUACACAAGGAGCCACCACCAAAGAUUCACACCAAGACUCUGCACAAGGAGCCACCAUCAAAGAUUCAGACUCUACAGGAGGAUCCACCACCAAAGAUUCAGACUCUCCACAAGGAGCCACUACCAAAGGUUCACAUUCAGACUCUAUGCGAGGGGCCACUACCAAAGAUGCAGACUCUAUGCGAGGGGCCACCACCAAAGAUUCAGACUCUCCACGAGGAGCCACCACCAAAGAUUCAGACUCUCCGCGAGGAGCCACCACCAAAGAUUCAGACUCUCCACGAGGAGCCAUCACCAAAGAUUCAGACUAUCCACGUGGAGCCACCACCAAAGAUUCAGACUAUCCACGAGGAGCCACCACCAAAGAUUCAGACUCUACACGAGGAGCCACCACCAAAGAUUUAGACUCAGACUCUAUGCAAGGAGCCACCACCAAAGAUUUAGACUCAGACUCUAUGCAAGGAGCCACCACCAAAGAUUUAGACUCAGACUCUAUGCGAGGAGCCACCACUAAAAAGUCAGACUUUACACGAGGAGCCACCACCAAAGAUUCACGCUUAGAAGAUGUUGGGAUGUGUCUUGCAAAAAUAACGGUGAUCAAGAAGGAUGAUAGUUUAGGAGCCAUUUACCAUAUGAAUGAAGAGGAAUGUGUCAUUGGAAGUGGAAGAGAGUGUAAUAUAAAAGUGUCCCUAACAAAUGUUGACAAUAUUCAUGCAGUUGUUGUAGUUGACAGAUUCAAGGCUUCCGUAACAAAUUUUAGUAAAAAGUUUCCUGUCAUUCUCAAUGGAAAACCAAUUGAAAUUGGCAAAGAAUUGAAUGAUGGAGAUAUGUUGGUCAUUGGUGGCAGAAAAUUUUUAUUCAAUCAUAAGAAAAGUUGCAAUAGUCACUGGGAUCUUUUUGAGGACUCGUCUGAACAUUCUGAUCCUUUUGACCCAGACUAUGAAAUGUCAGAGGAUGCAGACAAUGUGACUUCAGAAGACAGUUGUGAUGAAAUAAUUGAGGAAGAAGUUGAACAUGUUUCAGAUUCAGGUUCGGAUGUUAUUCCUUAUCAAGGACCACUCCAAUUUUUGGACCAGGAGGAAACAGUUAGUUCAACAUCAGAGCUUAUGGCUUUAAAUUCAGCAUCAAAGCACCAAAAGCAAAGAGCUACAGAUUUUGUAAUCAAGAAUGACAUCAUUUCAAGUACCGUUAAAGAUGUGGAAGUUCAGCAAUCUGGGAAUCAGGAUGGGAUUCGUGUUUGGGACAAGGUACACUAUUGUGUGUACUGCGAAAAAGGAUUCACCAAUAUAACUAAACAUUAUUUGGGAGUACAUUCAAAUGAAACAGAUGUGCAACAUAUCCAAUCUCAUCCUUUAAAGUCCACCAAUAGAAAACUUGCCCUAAUGAAGCUGAGAAACAAUGGUGAUUUUCAACACAAUUAUGAAGUGUUAAGAACACGCCAUGGAACUUUAGUAACUUUUACUAGAAAUUGGAAUGAAACUUCUGCAGACCAAUUUCUUCCUUGUCAAUAUUGUUUGGGUUUUUCCUUAAAUCUUCUUUAUGGCGACACACCAAAAAUUGUCCGUUUGCUCCUGAAAGAAAAGAAAAAUACAGAAAAGUAUCAUCACAAUCCAUGCUGCUUCUUCCAACUAGCACAGAUGUUAGCGAAGGCCUAAGAGAAAAGGUAUUAAGCCGAAUGUCUGCUGA